AUGGCACGAACCCGACGCUCAGCAGGGAAAAAGGAGGCGAAGGCACCUACGGGUGGCAAACCCUGGACAACAGAGAGGCAACGUGCAUGGCUUACGGCACUAUUACCCCAGCACAAGGAGGCCCAGAGGUCAAAGACACGUGGAGCCGUUGCGACAUUCCGUCGAAAGGUCAUGGACGAUUUUGUGCAAGAAUUCUGGAAGGAUAAAGUCAUGUCAGCGGAGGAGCGGAAAAAUGCGCUGGAAGUACUCAAGACGCGUCUACGUGAUUGGUUCUACAAUCACAACCGAGAUACGGAGUCCACGAAAGGAGCCAAAGUUCUGGAUCUCAGGGUUCGUAAGAAAAAGCGCUUGGCUGGCUGGCACGCAUACACGCACCUGUAUUAUGAUGACGUCUUGAAGCCAGUGAUCCAAGAGCACUGGCGUAAAAGCCCGGAAUAUAAUCCCGAGAUGCCUGACAUGCCGUUGGAAUUUCGUAACGAGGUCAUCCAGAGACUCUACGCCCUUGAAAGUGACGAGGUGAAAGAAAGAAUCGCCCAGUACAUCGACGACGAGUUCAAACGACUCGACUGCGACGACGACAACUUCGCUGAGGUUGAUGAGGACGCAGAAGUUGAACCUGAAGAGGCGGCGAGGAGGCAAGCCAAUCGCAACCUUCAGACCCAAAUCGAUGCGCUCCCAAAGACUAUGCAAAAGAUGUGCGAGCAAGUCCGGAAAGAACUUGGGUUCGUUGGUGUCGUUUGCUUCGUUGGCCCAGCGCCGAAGGAAGGGGGAGGAUUUGCGGUUGUGUUUGGUACUGAUGGUCGAACCCAGAGUGGGAGGUCGAUCUUUCAAUUGCAUCCGACCUUGGAGAGUCAGCUUCAGCGCAUUGUUGUAGACUUCGCUGAGAAAGCGAUCCCCAUCGAAAAGCGUCUCGCUUGCGCCUUGCCUGGCACAGAGCAGAAACACGUCGAAAUUACAGUCUCAGAUUCACCUUCGCACCCCUCGUCUUCAAAUACGGGGUCUUCCAAAUCAACGCCGGUUAAAUCCCUCGAUGUCAGCACACACCAGAGCGCCGUGCAAAGGCUGCUGGCCAAAGUAAUGUACCGAUUCGAUAAGCAAGGGGCUGGGGUUCACUCUGUGGACGGCGAAGACGUGGACAUGGCAGGGCCAACGGAAGGGAGGGAAGGGAGGAGAGAUGAUGAACUCACUGACGACGGCGAGAACGCACCCGGCAGUGACAAAGGAGGAGACGGCAACCCUAGCUCUGCUGCAGGUGAUGAAGGGGGAACGAGUGAAACGGCGAACGAUGACGGCGACAAAGAUGACGCCAGCUCUGCUGCAGAUGAAGAAGGAGGAACAAAUGGAGUGGCGGACGACGAAGGUGGAACGAGUGGAGUGGUGAACGACGAAGGUGGAACGAGUGGAGUGGUGAACGACGACGGCGACAAAGGAGGAGAUGGCAACCCCGGCUCUGCUGCAGACGAAGAAGGAGGAAUGAAUGGAGUGGCGAACGACGAAGGUGGAACGAGUGGAACGGCGAACGACGAAGACCAAGCAGCGGAGAACGGCUCCACGGAAGACGACGAUGUCAGCAGAAAUGACAACCAGGACCCGGAAUUCCUUGCGGCUGAGGCGAAGGUCAACAAAGAUCUCGACGAUCUCAUCGCACUCCAGGCCAUGCCCAAGUGGCUUCGUGACGCGGUCAACACGCUUCGGGGCUUCAAGGGGAGCAUCGAGUACCUUGAAGCAGUCGCUUGGUUCAUCAAUUUCGAGAGACACGUCGAACACAAUCCUGGUAAACCACUUCAAGCUGACGGACGUCCUGCUGUACUCGGUAACUGGAUUCAUAACGGUCGACGGCCCAAAGCCCAUCGAAAACUCACGAAGGAGCAACUCAAAACGAUGUGCGAUGAGCUUUUCAAGUGGUGGUUUUCAAUUCAGCCCCCCGAACGCAUCCCGCCCGAUUUCAACAUGUCCUCCCGCGAUUGCGCUUCUCUCAUCAUCAUCGACACGAAUACUCACGAAGAUUGGCCCAAGUUGUAUCGCGGAGGCGUAAACGGGAUUUACGGAGUGUUGGUUUGUCUCGGGUGGUGGUUGGAAGCAGCGGGUCCCUCUAGCGCUGAAUUUACCAUGCUUGUCGAGGAUGUCUCUUGGGUCCUGUCGAACCUCGUUGCUGUGCCUGCGCCUGCGCCUGAGGCAAAAAAGCCGUCCUCUCGUCGUCGUUAG